CCCAACGGUGCAAACUCGCAGUCGUCGCGCCGCGAAGUGAAAGAGAUGACAAUCGCUAGCGCUAGCUUAGCCGACCGCGAGACAUUGAAUGACUUUGUGAAGAAGCGAGAAGGGUCUCGUUUUUGGACGGGUCCGGAUCGCUUUGGGAGCUCAUGGAGGCCCUCAUACCUGUCAUAAACAAACUGCAAGAUGUUUUUAACACGGUGGGCGCGGACGUCAUUCAACUGCCGCAAAUAGUUGUUGUGGGUACUCAGAGCAGCGGCAAGAGUUCCGUUUUAGAAAGCCUUGUCGGCAGGGAUGUGCUGCCGCGCGGCACGGGCAUCGUGACCCGCCGGCCGCUCAUCUUCCAGCUCGUCCACGUCGACACUGAAGACCGACGGAAAACCACUGAGGAGAAUGGGAUCGAUGGCGAGGAAUGGGGCAAAUUCUUGCACACAAAAAACAAGAUCUACACUAAUUUUGAGGAGAUACGUCAAGAAAUUGAAGCUGAAACCGAAAGAAUAUCAGGCAUUAACAAGGGUAUCAGUGAUGAACCCAUUCACCUCAAAGUCUUCUCACCUAAUGUUGUCAACCUCACACUGGUGGACCUGCCCGGCAUUACAAAGGUGCCAGUGGGAGAUCAGCCAAAAGACAUCGAGAUUCAGAUCCGUGAACUGAUCGUGAAGUACAUCUCCAACCCCAACUCCAUCAUCCUGGCGGUGACUGCUGCCAACACAGACAUGGCGACAUCAGAGGCUCUCAAGGUGGCCCGGGAAGUGGAUCCUGAUGGUAGGAGGACGCUAGCAGUGGUCACCAAGCUGGAUCUGAUGGACGCCGGAACAGACGCCAUGGAUAUCCUAAUGGGCCGGGUCAUUCCUGUCAAGCUUGGCAUUAUUGGAGUUGUCAACAGGAGCCAGCUUGAUAUCAAUCAGAAGAAGACAGUGGCAGAUGCUAUCCGUGAUGAAUACGCUUUUCUCCAAAAGAAGUACCCGUCUCUUGCAAACAGAAGUGGGACAAAAUAUCUGGCCAGGACACUAAACAGAUUGCUCAUGCACCAUAUCCGAGACUGCCUCCCUGAGCUGAAAACCAGGAUCAACGUGCUGGCGGCCCAGUACCAGUCCCUGCUGAACAGCUACGGCGAGCCGGUGGAGGACCAGAGCGCCACCUUGCUGCAGCUCAUCACCAAGUUUGCCGCCGAGUACUGCCACACCAUUGAAGGCACGGCCAAGUACAUCGAGACAGCUGAACUCUGCGGCGGCGCGAGAAUCUGUUACAUAUUCCACGAGACGUUCGGUCGCACGUUGGAGUCGGUCGAUCCGCUAGGCGGCCUCACGACGAUCGACGUGCUCACGGCGAUCCGUAACGCAACGGGGCCCAGGCCGGCUUUGUUUGUGCCCGAGGUUUCCUUUGAGUUGCUAGUCAAGAGACAAGUGAAGCGUCUUGAGGAGCCAAGUCUGCGCUGCGUGGAACUGGUUCACGAGGAGAUGCAGAGGAUCAUCCAACACUGCAGCAACUACAGCACACAGGAGCUGCUGAGAUUUCCAAAGCUGCAUGAUGCCAUUGUGGAAGUGGUGACCUCCCUGUUGAGAAAGCGCCUGCCCGUCACCAAUGACAUGGUCCACAACCUGGUCGCAAUUGAGCUGGCGUACAUCAACACCAAACACCCCGACUUUGCCGAUGCCUGCGGCCUCAUGAACCAUAAUAUUGAGGAGCAAAGACGAAACAGAAUGAGGGACCUGCCCUCUGCCGUGCCCCGAGACAAGCAGGCGGCAGCCGGCAGCGGUCAGAGCGCGGCUUCCGGCGAUCAGACGGACAGCGGCGGCACGGGGAACUGGAGAGGGAUGCUGAAAAGGGGUGAAGACAGUAUGGCGGGGGACAGGACUGUGCUCCAGGGCCCCCUCCCCAGCAGCCCACAGAAAGGGCAUGCUGUUAAUUUGUUGGAUGUGCCUGUUCCAGUAUCAAGGAAGUUGUCCGCUCGGGAGCAAAGAGACUGCGAGGUCAUCGAGAGACUCAUCAAGUCCUAUUUUCUUAUCGUACGGAAAAACAUCCAGGACAGCGUGCCCAAGGCGGUGAUGCACUUCCUGGUGAACCACGUGAAAGACUGCCUGCAAAGCGAGCUGGUUGGCCAGUUGUAUAAGUCGGCGCUGUUGGACGACCUGCUGACGGAAUCAGAGGACAUGGCGCAGAGACGGAACGAGGCAGCGGACAUGCUCAAGGCGCUGCAGAAAGCCAGCCAGGUGAUCGCGGAGAUCAGAGAAACGCACUUAUGGUGAUGGAAGCCGCUCCCCUUCUGGCUCCUCCUCUUCCUAAGCCCCCCCCCCACCCACCCACCAUACGGACCACCGGGCCCCGCUCACAAGUACACAUAGCGACAGAAACUCCUCGCGGUACAACGGCGAUUGCUAUCUUUGUAGUUUUGAAUGUACAUUCUGGAUGACCUCAAGUCUUACCAUCCAGGUACUCAACCCCUCAAACAUCCCACUAACCAGAAAUAUUCUAUUUUUCUUA